GCCAGUGCAGAAUCCAUUUUGGGGGGACGGUGGAGAGAUGGCCUUAGCAGCGGUUGUCACAGCGACGAGGCCAUCUUCUGGCUCUCUGCGGCUCCUGGCCCGGCAUGCUCGGCCGAAAUGGCCCCUCAGGUCUCCAAUCUCCGCCUCUUACUCUUCUUCUACUUCCCCUUCUUCAAUGACCAGAAGAUUGGUUCUCUACUCUAAACCGGGUUGCUGCCUCUGCGACGGCCUGAAAGAGAAGCUCCAAGCUGCGUUCUUGCUCUCCGGCCCCGAUUCCCUCAGUGACGUCGAAUUGCAGAUAAGGGACAUAACAACCAACCCAGAGUGGGAGAAAGCGUACCAGUACGAGAUUCCGGUGUUGGCCAGGGUUCUCUCCGACGGUACCGAGGAAACUUUGCCGAGAUUAUCUCCCCGACUCGGAGUGGAGCUCAUCCACAAAAAGAUUGCGUCCGCGCUUAGACAGUAAGAAUACUAGGAAGUUGUUGGGUCUCUAAUUUUAAAGUCCGAAAAGGAUCAUCAGAAGCAUUUUCUGGUUCCAAAAACCUUCUUCUGUCAGAUGGAUCUUGCGAGGGGAUGUCAUUAGUUAUAUGUCCAAACAAGAGCACAGAAUAGAUACAAGCCUUGAGGCCUGCAAUCGAAGCCUUGGGCUUUAUCAGUGGACAAAAACUUAUUCUAUUAUGGAUUUGGGUUCUCCUUGCGGCCUGGAAUCGAAGCCUUGGGCUUUAUCAGUAGCCAAGAAUAGAUACGAUGAUCGCGUAGUC